GUCAGCUGCGAAAAACAAAACCUUCCACUUACCUAGUUCUGCUAAUCAUGCAUAGAAUCACAGAAAAUUUGUUUUUUGCUGAAGGUUAAAUUAUAAAAAGUUUUACGUAAAGUCAGUACACAAGUUCUGACCAUUAGCUGUGUCCAAUUUCGUGAUUGGGCGGGUAUUUCUCGUGAAAAAACUUCUACCCGUUCCCAGUGCUACCCGUAACAAUUUCAACUCCAAACCAACGAACCAUGCGAUAACUGGCCAACGACAAGCUAAUUCCGCCGUAACAUGAACAGUUACGACUCUCUUGGUGGCAACAGUGCUGGUCCAUCCGGUACCGCAGCCGUAUGUCACUGGCUAAAGCACAUGAAGCUGUAUCGGGUGGUGUUAGUUGUGGUAGUUUGCUCGCUAACGCUACCGUUUGUCUUCUACAAUUUGCUCGUCCACGAAGAAUCGAGCGUCCAGCACAACGACAUCCACCGGUCCCGGUCGCAGCUUUUCACGUUCGAAGAUGUGAGCCCACUGAAAGCGGCCGAUCUGAAGCUACGCAUUGACGAGAUGCUACGCAUGAAGGGUACGGUGUCGCUUGAGCUGCGUGAUCUUGAAUCCCGCCGCCAGAAGCUACAGUCGGACAUUGGACUGUACAAUCAGAAAAUUGACGAACUGAAGCAGGAACUCGCACGCCAACAGACAGAACUGGAUCGAUUAAAGAUUUCCGUAGAGCAAGCACAGGUAGCGCAACGAGAAGCGGUGCUUCGCAACACGCCGGAACUGGCGCUUCCGCGUGCACUGUUUUCAGACUCGCUGCCAACCGAGAUGCGUCCAAUCGGUGCCGAACAGAGUCGGGGGUGUAAAAUGAGCAUCUGUUUCGAUCAUUCGCGCUGCAGCCUAACAUCCGGGUUUCCGGUGUAUCUGUACGAUCCGGACACAACGUCCGUUGUUAGCGAUGGGUACGAUAUCGACGGGUUCUUAAAGACCACCAUCAAACAAACGCUCGGUUACAAUGCACACCUUACGACGGAUCCGAAAAAGGCGUGCGUAUUCCUCGUGCUCGUCGGUGAAGCACUUUCCGAGCAAGAAGUUUUGAAGAACAAUCGCUAUAACACGGCGCAGGGUGGUUCCGAUCGGUCGUUAGCUGAGUCCGCCUCGUCGCAUCAAUCAAGUCUGAACGUUACACGGCUCCGCUUGCUUCCAUACUGGGGUGGUGACGGCCGGAAUCAUGUGCUGCUAAACUUUGCACGCCGGGAAAUAGGCCCCGGUACGGGUAACAUGCUACAGAGCCACACGAUGGAUACGGGUCGAGCUAUGUUGGUACAGUCCAGCUUCGAUGAAAGUCAAUUUCGCAUCGGUUUCGAUCUGAUUGCACCACCCAUCCUGGGACCGCCCGGUGGAGAUGUGUGGCAGGAGUGUGCCCCAAUGCUGCCGGCCAGACGGAAGUAUCUGCUCAGCUUCCAGGGUGAACUGCACGGUCAGAAUGGAACGCUAGGUGUGGCGGGACCGCACGGUACGGACGACACAGAAAGUGACACCGUGGACGAGUUCAUCAUCGAGCAUCUGAAGGAGAUGUCCUCGGGUAGGACACAGGAUUACUUUAUGCUGCAGUUCGAGUGUGUACCGGCCACCGAGCAACGGAGUCCUUCGGGUUUGCGCGAAUGGUCACUGUGCGGGACGGAUAAUUCGAGGAAAGCCGUACUGAAAGAAUCGACCUUCGCAUUGCUGCUAGCGCCAGGAGGAGGAAGUACGAGUUCCACAUUGCUGCAGGCACGGCUGUACGAGGCGCUACGAGCUGGGGCGAUUCCGCUCGUGCUGGGCGGCGAUCAGGUCCAGCUACCGUACGCGGAAACGAUCGAUUGGAGGCGUGUGGUGAUUUCGCUACCGAAGGCACGCAUUACCGAGCUACACUUUCUGCUGCGUGCCAUUCCCGAUGCGGAUUUGCUAACGAUGCGCCGCCAGGGUCGAUUGGUGUGGGAACGUUACCUUAGCUCGGUACAGUCGACCGUCGAUACGAUCGUGGCAAGUCUGCGCAAUCGGCUCGGUAUCCCACCGAAACCGAUCCCCUCGGUGAUAGCGCAUAGCGUUUUUAAUUCGUCGUUUGUCCCGCUCAAAUCAGACCCCGUUAUUGAUACCGAACCGGAAGAAUCACUCGGUCCAAUUGAACCACCGUACCCGAGUCCGGCAUUCCGUCGUAAUUACACCGCGACGCUUGUGCAGUCUCGCGAAAUGUGGAACGAUUGGGCGGAUCCGUUCGCACUCUAUCCGCAACUCCCGUUCGAUCCCGUACUUCCUUCGGAUGCGAAAUUUAUCGGCUCCCACAUGGGCUUUCGUCCGAUCGGGAAGGGAGCGGGUGGUACGGGGAAAGAGUUUGGUGAAUCGCUCGGUGGUAACUAUCCACGCGAACAGUUCACGAUCGUCAUACUGACGUACGAGCGAGAGCAGGUGCUAAUGGAUUCGCUGAGCCGAUUGUACGGUCUACCGUACCUGCACAAAGUGAUCGUCGUGUGGAACUCACCGAAACCACCGCUAGAAGAUCUCCGUUGGCCAGACAUUGGUGUGCCGGUGCAUGUCGUUCGUGCACCACGCAAUUCACUCAACAAUCGCUUUCUGCCCUUCGAUGCGAUCGAAACGGAGGCGGUACUAUCGGUGGAUGACGAUGCCCAUCUGCGCCACGAUGAGAUACUGUUUGGGUUUCGCGUUUGGCGUGAGCAUCGGGACCGUGUCGUUGGUUUCCCCGGUCGCUUUCAUGCGUGGGACGUAAACUCGCUCGACUCGUGGAACUACAACUCGAACUACAGCUGCGAGCUAAGCAUGGUGCUGACCGGUGCCGCCUUCAUACACAAGUACUACACGUACCUGUACACAUACACCCUACCGCAGGCAAUACGCGAAAAGGUGGAUGAGUACAUGAACUGUGAGGACAUUGCGAUGAACUUUCUCGUCUCGCACGUAACACGCAAACCACCGGUCAAGGUAACAUCGCGCUGGACGUUCCGCUGUCCCGGCUGUCCGGUGUCGCUCAGUGAGGACGAUACACACUUCCAGGAACGGCACAAGUGUAUCAAUUUCUUUACCAAGGUGUUUGGAUACACACCCCUACUAAACACCCAGUAUCGGGCCGAUUCGAUCCUGUUCAAAACGCGAAUACCGCACGACAAACAGAAAUGCUUUAAAUUUAUCUAAAAUCUUAUUCCACUUCGGUUCGAUGCGCAAAAUUGAACCGAUCCAUCGAACGAUCGACUCCGUCCGUCCCUGUUCGUUGUUCAGCAUGUGUGACACACGGACACGGAUGUCGGUAGCGGGUAUGCAUUCUUCUCUCUACUACGGGCGAACUUUCCACAUACCACUACAACAGCAGCAACAACAUCCACCUAACCUGGGAAACGCUAGAUAGAGUUACUAUACUGCUAGGGAAUUUUAAUAGCCACCUUCAAGUUGGUGCACUGUUAUUAGUACGACGCGUAUUAAGCAAAAACUGGAUGCCAUGAGUAGAUGUAAUUUCCAGUGUAGAAGAUUUAGCUUCUAUUAAUUUUACUUCACUUUACGAACAACUACAUGACUGUAAUAUGGGGUGGGAUGGAAAGAAAAACCGUACCUUGUUUUUAACGGUACUAAAGCGGAACCGCAGGCAUGCUUUUAUCCACCAGCAGGAUAAACAUUAUUGCACCAGUUGCAGUUUGCAAAGCAAUUCCGAUUCCACAAACCAAUUGGAACAUCCCCUUUGGAUUAGCUCGUAAUGUCCUAAAAGACGGUAGCAUAAUUCCCGUAACGCUUAGGUUAGCCGAACAAUUUUAUUUCCGGCUACGACUGAGAAGCAAACGCAAAAAAAGAAAAGCAAUCACGUUUGAAAGGCAAACGUGUAUACAUAUGUGAAAAAUAUGUUGUUAUAGGUUAUACCAGAACAAAUAAGUAGUUUUACUGUUGCUUAAAACACUCCGGCAAGUUCGGGAUCACCGACCCACCCAUUCCGUCGGGUUGGGUGUUUGUUUCCACGCGUUACCCCUAGUCUUCGGUUAGCCAGUUUUCGUACACGUUGAGAUGUAUGUUUUAUCGACUAGUUUUUUAGGUACUUAGGUGCAGCUUUAAGUGAGAAUACAGGUUAGGUUGUAUUGGUGUACUCAUUCGAUUGUAAGCAAUGAUCUGUACUGAGAAAAGACUAAUAUAAAAUGACAUGUAUACUGUG